CUGUCACCUAUCAAUUAUCAUGCACAUAAAAACACUUUCGUUUUGUUGUUAGCAGUUGCAGUAAGAUAAAAGAUAAAAAAAAACUAGAAACUGCUUAAAGAUAAAAGAUCUAUAAUUUUGUAAAAGUACGCACUAAUGUUUGUGUGUUGAUGUCUCUCUUAUCUUUCUCCGCCUUCGCUUGUACGUCAACAAUGGAAGUUGUCAAAAGGAGAAAAAGCGACCAAGAAAAUGAAGAUAUAAAACCAUUGAUAAAAGCUCACCCUCUUUGUACGACUAAUGUGGUUUUCAUUAAAACGGAAGACGGUGUAACAACACAAGUAAAAGAGGAGGUCAUAGUGUUCUCGUGUGCCGAAAUAAACGAUAUAAGUGAAGGCAGAGGCCGCCCUAAGAAUAAGAUCAAACUUCCCGAUUGUGUCGAAUACAACAGUGAUGAAGACAAAUGUUACCACUGUAAAGUUUGUAACUACAAAUGUGCCGAGCGCAGUAGCAUGAUCAAACAUGUGCGGAUACACACUGGCGAAAAACCUUUCCAAUGCACCAAAUGUACAUACAGAUGUACAGAGAAAGGAAGUUUAGUUAAACAUGAGCGUAUUCACACAGGAGAGAAGCCUUUCAUUUGUAGCAUUUGCGAAUACCGGUGCUCGGAGCGUGGAAGUUUAAUCAAGCACAUACGUAUCCACACGGGCGAGAAGCCUUACGCCUGCUCCAAUUGCGAGUACAGGUGCACCGAAAAAGGAAGCUUAACAAAGCAUAUGCGAAUCCACACAGGAGAAAGACCAUUUGCAUGUGAAUUCUGCGAUUACAGAUGCACGGAAAAGGGCAGUUUAACUAAACACAUCAGGAUUCACACGGGAGAGAAACCAUACUCCUGUCCGGUCUGCAGUUACAAGUGUAAUGAUAAAUGCGCAUUGAACAAACACCUCCGUUCACACUCAUCGCACCCAACUUACUACUGCAGCUUGUGUGAUUACACGUGUAGUCAUGAUAAGGUCUUAAUGAAACACCUUGAAAAUCAUUCAGAUUGAAACUUUUCAUUGUUUAAUUAUGUUAAAUGAAUGAUUGAAAAUACUUAUAUGUUUUAUGCAUUUUUUUAGUUCCAGUUCACAAAAGUAUUUUCCUUUUAAUCCACUCAUGAUUGGAUCAUACAUUUGGAUCAAAAGGAGUCUUUAAUUCAUGUCCUAAGCGGCCGCAUCUGUCCGCGAUAACAAUAGAUAAGCUAUUGUGUC